GGCCGAAGGAGUCAGUGGCAGUAGCGGCCCGGUAGGGGCGGAAGAUGGCGGCGGCAAUAGCGACGGCGGGCGCGGUGCUGUGGGGCUGGCUGUGGAACGAGCGCUUCUGGUUGCCUGCCAACGUGACUUGGGCGGAUUUGGAGCGAGAAAGUGCCGGCGACGGAGAGGUGUACCCCCGCGCCGCCCACGUUCUGAGCGCCUUUCCGAUGGCGGUCGUCCUCUUGGCCUUGCGGAGGGUCUUCGAGAGAUUCAUUGCCAAACCAUGUGCCAUUCAUUUUGGUGUUCAAGAUAAGCUUCACAGAGUUCAGCCCAAUGCAAUUCUAGAAAAGGUGUUUACAUCUAUCACAAAGUGUCCGGAUGCAAGAAGGUUAGAGGGUUUGUCAAAACAGCUAGAUUGGGAUGUCCGAAAAAUCCAGCGCUGGUUUCGUCAUCGGAGGAACCAGGAUAAACCACCCGUCUUCACAAAAUUCUGUGAGAGCAUGUGGAAGUUUACAUUUUAUAUAUUUAUGUUUUCCUUCGGGCUCAGGGUUCUCUGGUCGUCACCCUGGUUUUGGGAUACGCGACAAUGCUGGUACAACUACCCUUUUCAGCCUCUAAUUUCCGGACUUUAUUACUAUUAUAUCAUACAGCUGGCCUUUUACUGGUCACUUGUGUUUUCACAGUUUACAGAUGUUAGGCGAAAGGAUUUCCUAAUGAUGUUUGUCCACCAUUUGGUUGCAGUUGGACUUAUUAGCUUCUCUUACAUUAACAACAUGGUACGGGUAGGAAGCCUGGUUAUAUGCCUUCACGAUGUAGCAGAUUUCUGGUUAGAAGCAGCAAAACUGGCCAAUUAUGCCAAGUAUCAGCGAUUUUGUGAUUUGACCUUCAUACUGUUUAGCGCCAUCUUUAUUUUUACUCGUUUGGGGAUUUUUCCUAUCUGGAUACUUAAUACAACACUGUUUGAAAGCUGGGAACUGAUUGGCCCUUACCCAUCAUGGUGGCUGUUCAAUGGGCUUCUUAUACUCUUACAAAUUCUACAUGUUAUCUGGUCUUAUUUCAUCAUCCGCGUUGCCUACAAGGCUCUAGCACGAGGAAAGGUAUCAAAAGAUGAUCGCAGUGAUGUGGAGAGUAGCUCUGAUGAGGAAGAUGCAACUUCAAACAGUAGAAAAGGAAUCCAUAGCACUUCAAGCAAUGGCGCCAAUCGGAUUAAUGGUCACAUAAGUAGUGGCCAAUAGGCAGACAAGGAAUAAAGCUGGGGGCAGGGGAAGCCUCCAGAAAAUAGAGACUUGUGUUCAAAUUUCUAGAUAUGCUGAACUCCACAUUCUAAAGAAGUCUUUAAUCAAGCUUGCCCCUUCGUCUCCAACUCCUCCAGCAAACCUAAAACUGGCACAAACACAGCCAAUGUUGCACGGAAGGGAUCAAGCUGAUUUUUAGUGCAAAACUUACUUCCAGUUUCCCUUUUUAAAGACAAGUCAUUUUGUAUUUAAUAGUGUCCCACUUAAAUAUUAUUUGUUGAAGUGUGUGUUUGUGUGUGUGUGAGAGAGAGAGAAGGAGAGGGGCUGUGGGUUUGUGUUUUUGAUCAACUCAAGUUUUGAGGGGAAAAUGUUUGGAGUGGGCCUACGGAGGCCUGGAUCUCCAGCAGUUUCAGUCUGCUGCUUCUUUAAUGCACUCCAUAAUCUUUUGACAGUGUGAUCUAUCUUAUUUUACAGCAACAGAGGUAAAAGUUGUGUCCUGUCAAGUCUAGGCUGUUAAUGCCGCUAGGCACAGCAACCAGGUGGCUGUGAUAGAGCCAGAUGAACUCAAGGAGUCACUAAUAAUCAUUGGGCUGUGAUGUGCUAAGAAAGUUAUGUCUGCCUGUUUUGGGGUGGGAGCUGGACCAAGCUUGCAGUAGUUACUUUAAAAAAGUAAGCAUCUACAAAGUCUUUACUGUAGUUGAAAUC